AUGAGGGCUACAGGUGCCUUGGUGCUUCUCAGCCUGCUGCUGCUCUCUUUCUUCUCGGUUCGAGAUGUAGCAGGUCAGGAGAUUGAAGAGAUCUGUAGAGAGUUCCUAAACAGAAGCGUGUACUGCACGAGGGAGUCCAACCCUCACUGCGGCACGGAUGGCGUCACCUAUGGGAACAAGUGUGCCUUCUGCAAGGCAGUGCUGAGGAGUGGAGGGAAAAUAAGAUUGAAGCACCUGGGGAAAUGCUGAGUCCUCCCUGGACCGAGCAGCAGGAGCUGAGCCGC